AUGCCAUCAAACUCAGAGGCACAUGCAAAGGAGAAGGGGGCGGAGGAGAACAAAGACAAGACACAAGCGCCUGAAACGCUAGCCAAGACCUGGAAGAAGCUACCAGGUAUCGAGGAGCGCGGAGCAUCAGGUCGAAUCAUUCUGGCAGGCAGCCACUUGACCAGACCAGAUUUGGACGCGAACUGGGACAUUGUGGCGGCUGCGAUUGAAGGUCUUGGCUCCAGGCCCUCUGUCGACGUCUUGGAUGAAGCAGUACAGCACUUCUUCUAUGAAACCCGUCCCCGUGGAAAAGCACCUGUCCCAGGACGUUCUUCGAGUUCACUGCCAGAUGUGGGCAGUGAUGACGAGGAUGCUGUUGACUGCGAGGCUGGGUGA